GCACGUCAGUUCAGUUGGAAGACUUUGAGUGAGUGGCCAAAUUGUCAGAAAAUCUUUUUAAAUCAUUAUUGUUUUCUGUUGGUAGGAUUACAUACAAAAAAAGAUAAUAUUUAAUCAUAAUCCAAGACCUUUCAAAUUUCAUUUUGAAGCAUAUUCAUAAGAAGAGAGACCACACAACAAACCCUAACGGCGACGAAGAUAUGGAAGCGGAGAAGUUUCUAAAACCGGUGCUUCAGAAACCACCUGGCUACCGUGAGCUUCACGCGCCUCCUGAAACUCCAAACACAUCAUCACGUCGCCGGCCGCCUAAGAAUAUGAUCCCGCCGUCUUUUUACCCGGAGAAGAAGAGACGGUGGAGUCGCUGCCGCCUCUUCUGCUGCAGCUGCUGCAUCGCCGUCGCGAUCGUCAUCCUCCUCUUAGUCCUCACCAUCUCCGUCUUCUUCCUCCGGUACAGCCCGAGGCUCCCCGUCGUACGCCUCGCCUCCUUCCGCGCCACCGACUUCAACUUCUCCCGCGGAAAAGCCGACGACGGAUUAUCGCAACUAACGGCGAAGACCACGGCGAAGCUCGACUUUAGAAACCCCAACGGGAAGCUAAGGUACUAUUACGGAGACGCUGACGUGGCGGUGACCUUAGGAGAUGGUGAUUUCGAGACGAGUUUAGGGUCAACGAAAGUCAACGGGUUUGUGGAGAAGCCGGGGAAUCGGACGGUCGUGAUCGUACCGAUCAGCGUGAAGGGACAACAGGUGGAUGAUCUGACGGUUAAGAGGCUUCGAGCGGAUAUGAAGAGUAAGAAGUUGGUGGUGAAGGUGACCGUUAAGACGAAGGUGGGAUUGGCUGUGGGAAGGCGUAAGAUUGUUACGGUGGGGAUCAGUCUCAGUUGCGGUGGCGUGACACUACAGACGCUGGAUAAACAGAUGGCUAAAUGCACCAUCACAAUGCUUAAAUGGAUUAAAUUACACUCGUAAGCAAUGGUGAUGGUUUGUGUCAUUGUCAUCGAAGAUUCAAGCAUUCAUUAUACGUCGCCGAAGUUUCAGCUUCACUAAUGACCACUCUGUAUUUGUUUUACCCUUCUUGUAUUUACUUAAAUGCUUUCACAUGAUUGUGAUCCAAUAUUUUACAAUUUUGAAGACGAUUUACUUA